CCCCCCCCAAUCAUGGGAUUCAGGUGUUCCAAUCCCCCCCCAAUCAUGUGAUUCAGGUGUUCCAAUCCCCCCCCCCCAAUCAUGGGAUUCAGGUGUUCCAAUCCCCCCAAAUCAUGGGAUUCAGGUGUUUCCAAUCCCCUCCAAUCAUGGGAUUCAGGUGUUCCAAUCCCCCCAAAUCAUGGGAUUCAGGUGUUCCAAUCCCCCCCCCAAUCAUUGGAUUCAGGUGUUCCAAUCCCCCCAAUCAUGUGAUUCAGGUGUUCCAAUCCCCUCCAAUCAUGGGAUUCAGGUGUUCCAAUCCCCCCCCAAUCAUGGGAUUCAGGUGUUCCAAUCCCCUCCAAUCAUGGGAUUCAGGUGUUCCAAUCCCCCCCAAUCAUGGGAUUCAGGUGUUCCAAUCCCCCCCAAUCAUGGAUUCAGGUGUUCCAAUCCCCCCCCCAAUCAUGUGAUUCAGGUGUUCCAAUCCCCCCCAAUCAUGGGAUUCAGGUGUUCCAAUCCCCUCCCCCAUAUCAUGUGAUUCAGGUGUUCCAAUCCCCUCUCAAUCAUGUGAUUCAGGUGUUCCAAUCCCCUCCACAUCAUGUGAUUCAGGUGUUCCAAUCCCCUCCAUAUCAUGUGAUUCAGGUGUUCCAAUCCCCUCCAUAUCAUGUGAUUCAGGUGUUCCAAUCCCCUCCACAUCAUGUGAUUCAGGUGUUUCAAUCCCCUCCAUAUCAUGUGAUUCAGGUGCUCCAAUCCCCUCCAUGGACACAGUUGUAUACAAUCAAGCCCCUAGGCAUGCAGACGGCUUCUACAAAC